UAUAAAUUUAACAGCUAUGAAUAAUCUGACGCUUACUUUAAAUAUGCUAAGGCAGCGCCUCACAGUCUCAACGAUUGCUGCGCGCUGCUAUGCAGCCAAGCCGGUGGCAGCAGUGGGCAAAAAGAAGAAGCUUGGCAAGCUGGGGCCUAUAAUGGAAAAGAAGGUUAUACCAGUCGAAACGGAUGCUAAUAAAUUGGUGAACUACGUGUGCGGCAGCAACUACCUAAAGACGGGUGAAGACAUCAAGCUGAAGCCCGACGCGGAGUACCCAGAUUGGUUGUGGACUCUUAAUACAGAACGCAUCAUACCGCUGGAGGAAUUGGACCCCGAUACCAAACAGUAUUGGCGCCGCCUGCGUAAAAUGGCGUUGCGUCGCAACAAUCAAUUGUCCAAGCUGAAAAAGUUCUAAGUACGUUAUUUUUUUUGUGACAGGUGCUGGUCACACUAGCCACCUGACCUUCAACUGUUUAAAUGAAUCGUGUGUCGCGUUCUUUGGUCAGCCGAGAAUUCAUUCUAUUUGCCUUGCUGUUGGAGCAAGAAUAAACACUUCGAUUCAUUUUAUUGCUACGUUCUUGUAGCACAUGUAUACAAGCUUUUAUUUAACAACAACUUGCACU